GACUCGUUCGGCAUAACUCGUCAUCUCCUCUUUCACUGCAGCGCCUUCGCCGAGCGGACUGGCCCGCUGCCCUCAUCCGAGUUCUCAGUGCACCCUGUCGGAUCUAUUAAACGACCACCGCCGGCUCCCCGGAAGCUCUCAGCUCGCGUACAAAUGCAAGCUAUCAAAUGUGUGGUGGUCGGCGACGGGGCUGUGGGUAAGACCUGUCUGCUGAUUAGCUACACCACCAAUGCAUUCCCUGGAGAAUACAUCCCCACUGUCUUUGACAACUACUCCGCCAAUGUUAUGGUGGAUGGGAAACCAGUCAAUCUGGGCCUUUGGGAUACAGCUGGACAGGAGGACUACGACAGGCUCAGACCAUUAUCUUACCCACAGACGGAUGUGUUCUUGAUAUGCUUCUCCCUGGUCAGUCCGGCUUCUUUUGAGAACGUCCGAGCUAAGUGGUACCCUGAAGUGAGACACCAUUGCCCUAACACGCCCAUCAUCCUGGUGGGCACCAAACUGGACCUGCGAGAUGAUAAGGACACCAUUGAGAGGCUGCGGGACAAGAAGCUCUCCCCCAUCACCUACCCUCAGGGUCUGGCCAUGGCAAGAGAGAUUGGGGCCGUGAAGUACCUCGAGUGUUCCGCGCUGACCCAGCGAGGCCUGAAGACGGUGUUCGAUGAGGCCAUCCGAGCCGUGCUCUGCCCUCCGCCUGUGAAGAAAAGGGGAAAGAGGUGCACCGUGUUCUGAGAAGCAGAAAAAUCCCGAAACUAGAAGCACCACUAGGGUGAUGAGGCGAGUAAACUAGCUUGAGUGGGUGUUCACUGCUAAGAUUGCUUUCUUUAUAUUGAUGUUUUUUCAACGCGAUAUUGGUAACAGGACCAAUAUUUCUCUGAUUGUGUUCUCAUUACUAAAUAAGGUCAAAUACGUACAUUGAGUGUUUUGUACUCAUAGAACCACACUGAGUUCCCAUGAGGGCUAACAAAGGUUUCUAUUGUCUUACCUGUCCUUCUGUCCUGCUUGCUUGAACGAAUGCCGCCUUGACUGAUAGAACGUGAACUGUGAACAUGUCUUAAGGAUACGCCGUGAGUUUUUAGAUUAGAACAUUCAUAUGAGGAACUAAAAACUCGUCCUUAAAUUACAAUUCAAGCAUGAUGACGUCAAGAAACGGUUAUUGAACACUUGUGUAAAAUUAGCUGUGGAUUUUAAAGCGUUCAUAGAAAUUGAAUAAUAGAAGAAUAUUUAUCAAUACUUUGUAAAAAAAACAUUUAAUAACACUUAAAAUUGGGAAAUAUCCAUCAAAUCCCAGAAUUUGCAUUGGUGACAAGAAAUCUUUAACUUGGGGACAAUGUUGGUAAUUGUAUGAAGUCUGUAAAAUUUGUCCUGCAAGUAUAAAUGAAUGCAAAAUGUUUCUUGGGUGUAUUAACUAACAUGAAACACCUAAAAAAAAAAUUGAGACUCCUGGAGUCAUAAUGAAAUGAAUAAAUCCUGGACCAUGUGUCAGAAAAUGUGUAGGUCAUCAGAUGAUGGUGACAUUUUAUUCUUCCUGAUAAUUACAUUGUGUAAAAACUAUAAAGACCU